AUGCCACCAAGGAGACCUGCAUCUUCUCAAAACAGUCAGGCUAAUGAUGAUAUAACUCCUCCACUUGAGGCUUUGGCCCCUAUGAGUAUUGAAGGGCUUUAUAGAUAUUUAGGGACUUUGGUUGGCUUGGUUGAGCGUCAGGCUAGAGCUACUGGAAGUAAUGGUCAAGGACAAUCCUCAUCUACUAAGGGUAGCUCCUUUGACAACUUUAAGAAGUUGGGUCCCUCUUUCUUUUCUGGUACUUCAUAUCUAACAGAGUUGAUUGCUAUAGAGGAGGAAAAAACAUUAAAGUUUCAGGAUGGGCUGAAGCCUUAUCUGAAGAAUAAGAUAUCAAUUUUGAAGCUUAGUGUGUAUUCAGAGGUGGUAGACAAAGCCCUUAUUGCAGAGAAUGAUAAUGAAGAGUUUUACCAAUAUAAGGAACAAAAAAGGAAGAGGAAUAGAAAUGAUGUUGCUCAUGGUAAUCAAGCACAGAAAAAUUCUGCUCCAAGUAGAAAUCAUAAUAAAGGAAAAGCAGCACAAAAUUUAAAUGGGAUUUUUCCUACUUGUGGCAAGAAGCAUGGGAAUAGGUCAUGCUACAGAGAGACAGGAGCUUGCUUUGGUUAUGGAAAACAGGGACAUAUGGUUCGGGAUUGUCCAGAGAAUAAGAAGUUUGUAUUUGGGAAGCCUAAGGAGGAGAAUACUGAGGAUAGACAGAAACCCGAAGCUCAAGGGUGGGUAUUUUCUAUGACUCAUAGAGAUGCUCAGGCUACUUCUGAUGUGGUGACAGAUUGGUUAGCUUCAUACCAUGCAUCUAUUGAUUAUUUUGGGAAAAGAGUGGUGUUUAGCAUUCCUGGUCAGCCUAAUUUUAGUUUUGAGAGGAAGCAUGUAGACAAACCAUUGCAUAUGAUCUCAAUCUUGCGAGCUAGUUCUUUGCUUAGGAAAAGUUGUCAAGGCUUUUUGGCUUAUGUUGAGAAUGAGGAAAAUAAUCUAAAGUUGGAAGACAUACCCAUUGUAAGGGAUUAUCCUAAUGUUUUUCCAAAUGAUCUACCUGGCUUGCCACCAGAGAGGGAGGUGGAGUUCACCAUUGAUUUGGCACCAAGGACAACUCCUAUCUCUAAGGCCCCUUACAGGAUGGCACCUAUGGAUCUUAAGGAGUUGAAGAUUCAACUUCAGGAGUUAUUAGAUAAGGGCUUCAUUAGGCCUAGUGUUUCACCUUGGGGAGCUCCUGUUUUAUUUGUAAAGAAGAAGGAUGGAUCUAUGAGACUCUACAUUGAUUAUAGAGAGUUGAACAAGGUGACGGUGAGAAACAAGUAUCCCCUUCCUUGGAUUGAUGAUUUGUUCGAUCAACUUCAAGGUGCAUGUGUGUUCUCUAAGAUUGAUCUUCGGUCUGGUUAUCAUCAGUUAAGGGUUAGAAGUGAAGAUGUACCCAAGACUGCUUUUCGAACUAGAUAUGGGCAUUAUGAGUUUUUGGUUAUGCUUUUUGGUUUUACUAAUGCACCUGCUGCUUUUAUGGACUUAAUGAAUAGGGUAUUCAAGCCAUAUCUAGAUCAGUUUGUGGUGGUUUUUAUAGAUGAUACUUUGGUGUACUCAAAGAGUAGAGAGGAGCAUAAGCACCAUUUGAGUAUUGUAUUACAAACUCUCAGAGAUAGGCAAUUGUAUGCUAAACUAAAGAAGUGUGACUUUUGGUUAGACAAAGUCUCUUUCCUUAGGCAUGUGGUGACCAAGGAUGGCAUCUCUAUAAAACCUGGAAAGGUAGAUGUUGUGUCAAAUUGGAGGAAACCUAAUACUGUGACCGAGAUUCGAAGUUUCUUAGGACUGUAUCACCCAGGGAAGGCGAAUGUUGUGGCUGAUGCCUUGAGCAGGAAAUUUGUUGGUUCCUUAGCAGCUAUUAGAGGUUGUCAGAGGUGA